GACUUGCACGAGGACGAAGAGCGCGUGUGCGUGCGACUUGGAGCUUGCAACGAGAAAACGAAUGCAACCAGUGCUAUACGGUCUUGUGUCGAGAGCAAAUCGAACACGUGGAAGAAUAAAAAUCGACGAGAGUAGUGUUAAUCAAUAUCAUCGAUCGUCUUCAUUUUAACGAUUAAAAAAAUUGUCGAGAUUGCCGGAGUAUCUUUAGACAAAAGUUUUACCGUCAAUGAACGAUGUUAUACCGAAGGAUUACAGCUAUCGGUGCGUCCUUGAUCCUAACUGUCUUCAUGCUCUUCCUAAUUAUGUAUUACUUUAAUCAAAGAUCGAUGAAUCAUUCACAGUCGAUUCGUACAACGAUGAUGGACGAUAACUGUCCAAUCGGUACGUUUCCCUGUUUGAAUAGUACAAUUUGCAAACCGCAAAGUAGUUGGUGUAACGGAGUAGAGGAUUGUCCGUACGAGGACGAUGAAUCAACCGAGUUGUGUGUCGAUUUAAACGGAGAUUGGAGUUGGUUCUUUAAACAGGAUAAACUUGGAGAGAUUCAAUAUAAAGAUUGUGAGAUCGUCGACAGUCCCGUAGGAUGCAUUUACAAUCAAUGUCAUGCGACUUGCAAAGGAUACGAAGAAAUCCCACGGGAUUUGUCAUCGGAAAUCGAUCGAUUAAUUUUAACUAACAAUUCCAUAAGAAGUAUUCCAGCCGAUGCACUCGCGAGAUACACGCGGCUGCAUUUGUUAUAUCUCGAUAAUAAUAAUAUAACCGAGAUAGAGGAAGGAGCCUUCGUAAAUCAAGCAAAUUUAAUUUGGCUUAUCCUAUCGGACAAUAAAUUAAACGUUAUCGAAAUUGGCGAUUUCGCUGGUCUAAUUAAUUUGGAGACUCUCAGGGCCAAGGACAAUCGAUUGGUGGCAGCUGAUUUGUCAGAUUUCGAAAAUAGUUCGAGUAUGGAUUUGAUUGACUUUCGUAAGAAUUUUUUAAACGAAACCAACUUCGUGCUCCCACGAUUGCCGGUUUUAAGAGAAAUAUUAAAGUUACAUUGCAGAAUGUUGAGUGAGAAUCAUUUCGAGAGCAUCACAGCGGACAUGUUCAAGGGUGUGCCUGCUUUACAAUCGUUGAACUUGGAACGUAAUCACAUAAAGACCAUCGACGAGAAUGCUUUUAAGAAUCUGAAACAACUUCUCGAGCUUAAACUGGCACAUAAUUAUAUCACGAUCUUGCAUUUGAACGUAUUUAAAGCUACGGUAAAUCUCACGAAACUAUUGAUCGGUUAUAAUCCGAUCGAGGAUUUCUCUAUGGAUGUGCUGAUUCCUCUGACGAAUCUACGAUCACUCGGAGUCCAAGAGAUUAAUAUGGACAAUUUAAACAAGGACUCGUUCAACGUGUUUGACAACUUGGACUUUAUAUACUUUCAAAAAUUUCAUUACUGUAUGACGUUUGCAUCGAUGGUACAAAAGUGUUCGCCAACCAGCGACGGUCUUUCGUCCUUGUCGCACUUGCUAGGGACAACUAUGUUGAAGGGUGCAGUCUGGGGAAUAUCCUGCAUAACUUGCAUAGGCAAUGCACUUGUACUUUGGGAACGAUUCACUGCGAAAGAUGAGAAUCGUGUUUUGAGUAUCCUGAUUCGAAAUCUAGCUGUGUCCGACAUGCUGAUGGGCGUAUACUUGUUCAUAAUCGCUCUGGUAGACUUGCAGUUCCGUGAUAACUACAAUAAGGAAGCUAGCUCAUGGAUGUCCUCUUGGGUGUGCACCUUUCUUGGAGUUUUAGCGAUGAUCUCGUCAGAAGUAUCAGUGCUUAUCCUAUCGUUUAUGUCCGUUGAACGAUUCGUACUGAUCGCCGCACCGUUGAAAGGUCAUCGUGCUAUGAGGCCACAGACAGCAGCAGCAUCGAUGAUGUUUAUAUGGAUCACUGGUUUUAUACUCGCUGUAAUUCCAGUCAUUCUAUGGAGAAACAGCACAAGAUUUUAUGGGGCGAACGGUAUGUGUUUUCCAUUGCACAUAGACGAUCCUUACUCGAUCGGAUGGCAGUAUUCCGCAUUCAUAUUUUUAGGAGUUAACUUGUUGGGGCUGAUAACUAUCGGAUACGUUUAUGCUGGCAUGUUCGCAAGCGUUUGGAAAACUCGUCACGCAACCCCAUUAUCAGUCGGUGAUAUGGAAUUUGCUUUAAGAUUCUUCUUGAUCGUCUUAACGGACGCAACUUGUUGGGCACCGAUUAUCGUUUUGAAAAUCUUGGCCAUGAUGAGGUAUCCUGUACCAGCGGAACUUCACGCCUGGGUCGUCGUAUUCAUACUUCCCGUAAACAGCGCUGUGAAUCCACUCUUGUAUACUUUCACAACACCGAAAUUUCGUGAAAGAUUACUUUAUAUCGAUUGCUUGAACAAAAUAAGAAAUUACGUAACGAGGAAACACUCGUCGCAAGAGUCUCAAAUGUCUAUUACAUCCAGCAGCAAGAAUCUAAUGUUCUCGAUAACGUCUAGUAAGAAGAACGAUCCCGAGAAGAUACCAUCAUCCUUGAUGAUAGUAGAAGAUGAUUGGAACGACGAGAUUAUGCGGCGUAUCGUGAAAUAAUUUCGUUCUAUUUACAAUUUCUUUUCACGAAUCGUCCGUUACACGCUUAAUACCGUUUCACCAUGUUCCGAUCUAAUGAGAUUUCGGCAAAGAUUAUAAUAAUAUUCCAUGGUAGCUACGUCCUAUAAUAUACUAUACAUCGUAGAACGGAGCUUCUUAAAGUAUUAGAAAUAAAUCAGUAUAUGCGGAUACAUAUAUAAAUAAGAUCUCGUCGAACAUUCAAUGGGAAAACUCGGGCUCGUUUCAACCUGACCACGAGGAUAUCCGCCUACGUGGAGAGAUCGUGCUUUAUGCCGUUCAUAAAAUAUUCCAAACGAGGAUCGCGAAUGCAUUUGCAAAAUUUAUGGCACCGUCUCAGAUCUAUCGGAGAAUCGUGUUCGGCCUGGCG